AUGUCUCUCCUCCCUCCACCCUCCUCUCUCACCCUCCUCUCUCCAUCCUCCUCUCUCCACCCUCCUCUCUCCACCUCCUCCCUCACCCUCCUCUCUCCUCCCUCCUCUCUCACCCUCCUCUCUCCACCCUACCUCUCCACCCCCUCAUCUCUCCUCCUCAUCCUCACCCUCCUCUCUCACCCUACUCUCUCCUCCCUCCUCUCUCACACCCUCCUCUCUCCACCCUCCUCUCUCCUCCUCCCUCCUCUCUCUCCCACCCUCCUCUCUCCACUCCUCCUCCUCCACCCUCCUCUCUCCACCCUCCUCUCUCCACCUCCUCCCUCACCCUCCUCUCUCCUCCCUCCUCUCUCCACCCUCCUCUCUCCACCCUCCUCUCUCCACCCUCCUCUCUCCACCCUCCUCUCUCCUCCCUCCUCUCUCACCCUCCUCUCUCCACCCUCCUCUCUCCUCCCUCCUCUGGAAGACAGUACAGUACCUUCCUCUCGUCCUUUAAUCCCUUAUGCAGACAGGAGAAAAGAUCCUCCACCUGUGCCCAAAAGAACUCCUUUACUAAAUCUGUCAUUCAUCCGGCUGUCGAUGACCCUGAGAGUCACGCUAAAGGCGAUUUAG